AUAAAGAUAAAACAUACACUGGGUUAUUUACAGUGUGGAUUAAGUGUGUAGGACAGAAAAUUGCUAGCCUACUUGGUUUUAUGAGCGCUACUUCCAGAGGAAGGCAGUCGAGUGCAACGUCAAGGAUGCCAACUUCCUCAAAAGAAAGAAAAUCAAAGAAGAAGAAGACGACGACACUGCACUGGACUAUGGAUAUGACGUCAUCACGCACAACGUGUAUCGCUGAAGCAACAUGGCUCUGAAUGGAGGUGACGAGGACUUUGAGUGGGAGCCUCCAACAGAGGCAGAGAUGAAGGUGAUUCAGGCUCGCAGAGAGCGACAAGACAAAAUCAGCAAGCUGAUGGGAGACUACCUGCUCAAAGGAUACAAGAUGCUGGGAGAGUGCUGUGAUGUGUGUGGGACAAUUCUUCUCCAGGACAAACAGAAGAAAAACUACUGUGUCUCAUGUCAGGAGCUGGACUCUGAUGUUGACAAGGACAACCCUGCUCUAAAUGCGCAGGCAGCGUUGUCCCAAGUUAGAGAGAGACAGCUUGCAGCCCAGUCCACUGCAUUGUCCCAGGCCCCUGAAGUCAAUGAAGGCCCCAGCAGCAGUCAGGCAAGUGUGUCAGUUCCUCUGCCCAGACCAGAGCACUGUGAGGGAGCAGCUGCGGGGGGGAGAGCUCUCCUGCCUCUACCUGUUGUCCCAUCUGCUUCACCUCCUGCCCCCGCCCCAUCCCUGGCACCAACUCGCCCCCCAGUUAUUCCACAGACCGCUGGCCUCCAACCUGUGUUGCAAGAAGCAGAGGAAGCCAUUCUAACCAAACUUCGCUGGGCCACUAACCAGCUACAGAAUUCGGCCUCCCUGGAGUCAAGUAUCCAGCUCUGUGGCCUUAUCGCCAGCUGUGCCAACUCGCUGCGCAGCCUCAAGGAGCUUAGCCAGUAACCACCAUGGCAAAGGUUGAAACCCUGGAUUAACAGGAAUGCUGUUUUUACUUGCCUCAGUCCUGAACUACUGACUCGGGUUAGCUGCGUUGCAGCGUCUCCUUGACUGGAUCCUUGCAUAGAGCUGAAUUCUAAAUUAGUCAGGAAAUGCACUUGAAAUAAGAUUAAAGUGUCAAAUGUUCACUCCUGAGUUACCAGACUGGCAGAAAUAUCAUGUUACAUUGUUUCAUAAUAUGUUUAAGUACAAAUGUUUUAACAUUUGACUGUCAACUAUCAGUUUGUAAGUUAUGGUAUAAUAAGAACUGAACAUUUCUAAAUGCACAUUCGUCAUUGGUAUGAAUGUAAAACCAUCUGGCUAGUAAACAUUUUCAAAGAAGAUGUAAUCUAUAUUCUACAGUAAAAGACUGCUAAUUUAUUAGUUGAUUGGCUUUGAUUCAUUAAUCCAAAAUGGCUACCUAAUUGACAUCUAAAAAAAGCUUUUUUCUGGUUGGUUCUUCAGUGGUUUCCAAAGAAAUGUGGAUUUGCAAAUUGCUAAAAUUCAAACAAAAGCUUAAAACCGCAGUGCACAAAUGUCUGGAUAAUUGUGUGUGCACGAGCAAGUGUCUGUGCUGAUAUACAACAUCCUACUAGGCUGUAAGUCAUUUAUUAAAAUAGUCUGCAGGUAUGUUGUUAAACACACCAGUCCUCUGAUCAGAUGUGCAUUUUCAGUUUACUGUUUAGUCUGAGGUGGAUUUCUGUUGUCACUGACCCUCUGGUGAUGAAAAAUUGUUAUUGUGUGCUGGCAGUUCUCUGAGGUUUUUAUUGUAAAUAUAUUUGAUACACGAUGAUGGGGAUGAUUAGUCAUGUGAUUCAGUGAUGCGCAGAUGAAACGGCAACAUUCAGGAGUCAGACUCAUAGUUCUUUAUUCAUUUAAACCAUCUAGAGCAAAUGCACUGUGCUCUGUACAUUAAUAGACAUCACUUCAUAUUAGAUAAAAGCCAGCUGCAGUGUUGUUCGAGGCAGUUGGUAUUUUUCGACUAUGUACCUGAAUAAAGCUUUGCCUGUUCAGGA